AUGAAUUGUCUUUAUUGCAAUGAGUCUGUCUUUAUUUCUCAAUGCCCCAGCUGCCAUACUCCUCUCUGCAAAGUUUGCCACUGCAAAGACAUCUGUGACGCUUGUGAGGACUGCAGUGCCAAAACCUUGGUUGCAAAGUCAUAUAGCCUUAUUUCAUUAUGCGAAAAAUGCUUUACAAAUAGAAUGAAGAAUCUCAACAAUUCCAUAUGCUUUUUGAAGUGGCCAGGCGGAGAUAUUGAAGAAAUUGGAAUGAUUCCUAUGAAAAUCAGCAUGAUUACGAAUCAAAUUGUCCCGAAAAUUAACAUUUAUGUGUCACCUGAAAACAGAGAGGGAUUAAGUAUAGAACCAAUAGGGAUAAGUAUGGAAGAAAGCUUAAUAGAUGACAUUAAGGAAAAAAAGGUCACUGGAAAAGAGCUAAUUAUUAUUGCAGCAAAUACCUUAUCAAGAGAUAUUUUAAAAGACCUUUGCCAGCUUGUAAUCGAAACUAGACUAAACAUUGUCUGGUUUAAGCCUGUUUUUAAUGAAAUGCACGCAAUAGUCCCAGAAUCCACUCGGAAAGCAAAGCCUAAAGACCUGAUAAGGGUUGUUGACGAAUAUAAUUCAGAAGGAUUUCCUUUGUGUAUGAAAAGUAAAAUCAUCCAAAAAUUUUCCAGCGAAAAUUUAAGGUAUGAUCUGAAUGAGCUUUUGAAAAUCACAAAAAAUCAAAAUUUAAUAAAAGUCUUCAGAUUUAGCAAUGAAUUUGGACAAGAAUUAAUUCUAGCUUCACGCAAAAUCCCAGUGAUAAAUAUAAAAGUGAUUGAGAUGGCAAUUAAAUUUUAUGAGAAUGCAAAGUUAUUUCCUUUUCUGUUUAGGAUUCAAGAGCUACUAAUGAGAUUAUAUGAAAUUGAAGCAUCUUUAAAUGUUAUUGAAACUUUUAUUUUUAUGAUCCCAGGGUAUGGGAUAUCUUCGGAAAACUAUAGGUCAACUCAACAAAUUUCUGCAAAGACACAAAAUGAUAUAAGAUUCAAAACAGUAUUCAAAGGCAGUCACAUUUCUUCUCAACAUCAAUCAAAAUAUGAUGAAUUUUUAUCGUUUUUAGAUACAAUGAAGAAUUACCGCACAUCAAGAGGAAUUCUAGUAUGGUCGAUUGCAUUUAAGCAUUUCUAUGGUAGAACUAAGCCAAAGCUGUCAAUAGGGGAAGUUUAUGAGUUUUUUGAAUAUGGUCUUCAAAAUGGUGAUAUCACUAUCCAAAACAAAAAAAUUCUAAAAACAGUAAAAAGUGAAGAAAUUUCACCAAUUAUUUAUAGUUUUCCCAAAGUUUGUAGUGCUGACAUAAAAGUCCCUAUAGAUCACCCAAUCACAAAGCCUCCAUCACCCCAGAAGCUUAUACCACCUAAUCGAAUUCCUUCUCCUAAGGCUGAUUUUGUAACCCCACAAGAAUGCAUAAAUAUGGUCAUUGGGAUUUUAUUAGAAUAUAAAGACGGUUUAGAAAUAUCAAGCUUAUAUAGUAUUGUAGAGUCUUUAUUUGCCCCUAGAGUACUAGAUUGGGAGCAUCUGGAAUACAAUGAUUUCGAAGACUUAUUAAACUGCAUUAAAGAUAUAGAUGUGAGUGAUAAUUUUGCGAUUUAUCAUUCAUGAUAUAAUAAAUUAAAUAAAGAAAAUGCAUAGAUGCUAUAGAUUUUAUAUAAAAUAAGCGAAAAAGGAAUAUAUAAGAAAUCAGAAGAAUGCCCAUACUGUAUGGAUGACUUAAGUGAUGAUGAUACCAAGCUUGAAUGUUCUCAUCAGUUCCACAAAACUUGUUUGAUGGAGAUUGUGAAUAAAACGAAAAAUAUGAAUCAAACUGAAAUAAACUGUCCAAUGUGUAGAGCAAAAAUUUCACAAAGAAUGAUAAAUAUUAUUUUAGGUCCAGCUCCUCCUAAGAAAAAAGUUGCAAUAAAACAGCCCAGGAAAAGUAUGCCUCUCCCACAGCCUAAAAAGCAAGCCUCUAAUCAUGGCGAAUGACUGAUCCCUGGUGUCAUGAAAUGCCUAAACAACAGAUGCGAAUACUGAUUUGAUGCUGGGAAUGCUAAGAAAUAUAAAUGCCCACUAUGCAAUAUAGAGUACUGUUUACAAUGCUUAUUAGAUCUCUAUCAUUGUGUAUGCAAAACGCACCAAACAGAAGAAGAUGAAGAGUUUAUUAAGUGGAUGAAAAGCAAUAACAUCAAGCCUUGCCCUGCUUGCGGAAUGGCAGUUUCUAAUGAGACGAAUCAAGCCUCAGUAAAUUGCAUUGCCUGCAAUGCGACUUUCUGUUUUCAAUGUGGACAAGUGAAAGAUAGAUGUAUCUGUUAA